CGAUGGAGUGAAGUCGAAGUCAUCAUCAUUGCGGUGUGUCAUGUUAAUCGCGAAGGUCGCGUUCCCGGUGGCCGUGCUCAUCCUCGCGGGUCUCGCGUCGGAGGCGAGCUGUCGGUCCUCCCGACUCUCGCGCGUACUCCGAUCGUCGUACUCUCCUCGUACUCGACCGCCGAGGGAGCGUCGGGAGGAACGGGUUGUUGACUACUACGAGCAGUGUCGCUUCGUGAACGCGUGGAAGGAGCACCUUGGCCAUGUGAGCGUGCUGGCCUUCCUGGACCCGGCGUGGCAGUACAGCUUCCGCCAGGCGGUCAUGCUGGAGAUGCUGAGCUCGCGUUUACGGAAGUCCGGUUUCCCGGACAUACGCUUCUUCGUGAUAAGCCCGUCCUCCGAUUCGACGGAGAACGAGAGCAGCGAGGACGAUCUCGAGAUCGAGGCGUGGCGGGAGAUCGGAGCGAAGCACGAAAUGGACAACUUUGUGGACGAUGACUUUCUCAGGGUCAACGAAACGGAGAUCACCUUCCUGCGGGACGAUUCGCAGUCUCGUGUGUGGCGGAAGUUCCGUGCGUCGAGGGACCAAGUGGUCAUCAUCGAUCGAUGCGGGAAGUUGGCGUACCAUGUGAUAGUGCCGUGGAGUAUCUUGUUUUUUCCUUACGUAAAAGCGGCUAUACUGUCCACGUACAUGGAGGACCCGUGCGGCGGAUGUAACCCGGCCGUUUAUCGAGGUCACGAGGACCACUUCGUAAACUCGACGAAUACUACCAACGAGGAAGAAGCGAGUCCGACGCAACGGGAGACCGAGACUAACGAUAAGCCCGAAACGAUCUGGAUCACGGAGAGUCCGGAGAACGCCACUCUACACUACGACGAAUCGGAUGAUGAGCGCGAGGCGAGCACCGCAUCCCCCAUCCCCCUCGAGCAAAUCACGAGCGAUACCAGUCUUUCGAAUCUCUCGACGGAACCGUCAACGGAGUCUACGACUUAUCAAUACGAUAACGACGCGACCGAGUCUCGAUUCGAAGAGGAUCGUCCGGAUGCGGAAGGUACCAAGAGGAUCAAGUGGGACCAAGAGGACCAGAUCAACUCGAAGAACGAUGGAAUCGCCGCGACCUUCAAACCGGAAUUACGCGUGCUUCCUUUGGAGCAGGCGAGAUCUCAUUCACCGGUGACCGACAAUUCUGUCACCUCCACGAAUUACGAGGACACGACGGAUCGUACUUUAUUGCUGGAUGAUCCGGCGGCUAGUGUAACCGAGAGCGAUUCAACAUCCGUGGAUGAAGAGACGACGACGUUAAAUAUCACGGACAAAACUCGAGAUGGAAGCACGACACCGGAGAACAUUGAGCGUUUCAAGCAGGACGCGAUUUUACGCAUAAUUAUGUAUGCGCCGCACGUACAUAAAAAUGAUACGGAGAUGAAGAAAUACACGCAUUUGAUUCUGAAGAUCGGUGAUCCCGACUUUCACGGGCAUUUCGACUCUGGAGUCGACGUCGCGUCACCGACGAAUUCGCAGACGGCCGUCAAUUCUCUCGUAUCAAACUCCGAGGAAUAUGAUUGGAGAACCGCGGAAACGGAGGAAGCGGAUGAUGAGAAUGCUAAUCAAAAGUAUAUAUUCGGUAAAGAUGAAAGCCCAGGAUUGUACGGUGAAGUAGCAGACUAUUGGAAGAGCUACGAAGAUAGCGAUAUUACUGACAGAAAUCAAACGUCUAGUAACACUUACAAUAACUCCACGACUAGUUGUAAAGGGGAUCAUCGUACUAACGGCAGCGAUCACGCGAUGUGUCUCUCGCCGGAAGAAAACCACCCACCUGUGAAUGUUUCGGAAAAUUCGAAUGUCAAGAGUUUCAUUGACCCACAGAAUAUCAUUGAUAAAAACAUGGAAUCUUCUAUGCCAAAUGAUCAGAUCGAUAGUGAAGAGGAGCGAAUCAAAUUAAUCGAACAUUAUAAUAAACUUUUAUCUUGGAUCGACUAUAAAUUAAUCAAAUAAACAUCUUUUUAAUGACA